UUUUUUUAAAUAUAAAUUAUUUUAAUAAUAUAAUAAUAAUAAACAAAAUAAUCGGUAUCUGCGCAGAACCUUUCAUCUGCGCUUGAUUAAGUUUAACGAGGCAUGUUUAAUUGUUCAUCAGUCUGAAAACUAAUCUUUGUAGAAAAUGUCGUCAGUUACAUAUAGCGUUCUAUUUUUUAUUGUUACAUUAAUAAAAAUCCCCAUUUCAGAUAUAUAUGCUUCAAAAAUUUACACUUUAGACGUACCACUCGUUGUACGUAAUGGAACUGGACCAAUUGAUCUAUCCUGUAUUUAUAAUAUCAAAGAAAAAGAAAACGGUCUCGUAAUAAAAUGGUACCAUAACAUUGACCAAAUUUAUCAAUGGAUACCACCAAUGCCACCUCAAGAUACAGGAGUAAUAAAUGGAUUUACCGAAUAUUCUGAACGAAGUUUAAGAUAUUUUAAUUCAAAAUCUAUCAUACAUUUAAAAAUGGCUAUUGUUGAAAUGAGUGGACAAUAUACUUGUACAAUUAGCACAUUUCAAGAAGAAGAUAUGAAAAGAACAAAAAUGAUUGUUUAUGUGCCUGAAACUGAUAUAACUAUUCAUGUUUCUUCUUUCAAUAAAAAUCAUUUAAAUUUAACAUGUAUAGCAAACGGAGCACAGCCACGGCCAAUAUUAAAAAUUUAUAUAGAAGGAAUUGAAGUAAAUAAUUAUUAUGAUAAAACUGUAAAAAUAUUGGAAUAUAAGACUAUCCUUUCUGCAAAACGCAGUGCAAUCAUAAAAAAUCCUCUAGAACCAUUACUAUUGGAGUGUGAAAUUUCUAUACCACAUACGGAUUAUAAGCGCAGAGAAAGAAUCAUUUAUUAUCCCACACAAAUGCUAUCACAAACGAAUAUUGCAUCAAACUAUCGAAUUGAUAGUAUUACUAUUAUUUUCUAUAUAGUGUUACUAUUAAAAUAAAUAAAUACAUAUUGGAAAUAUAAGAAAAGUAUAAAAAAAACUCGCAAUUAUAUAUUAAACUGAAUAUAUAUUUAUAUCAUUAAAUCUUAUAUUAUAAUAUAUAUAUUAUGUUUGAAUUAUAUAAAUUAACUAAUUUUGAUAAAUCUGUAUCAAUAUAUAAUGAAUUAGAGAAUUCUAAUUACAGCAAUAUUUCGAAUCAGAAAUUUUUUUAAAUAUCGUAUCAAGAUAAAAAAUGCAAUUGAAUGUGCGUUAAGAAUUAAGGAAGAAACAAGAUUUGAUGAGAUAUAUCUUCAAUCAGCGAUUCUCAGCAAGAUUAUUAUUUACUAUUUAGGAUUCAUCAGUAAAAAAAUUUUAAACGUAUGGACUUUUGGAAAAAUCCAGCAGUAGCAGAGAAUGUGCCAAUAUGUGGAACUCGAAUUUCCUGUUUUAUUGCUUUAAUAACAUGAAGAAAAAACAAUUUGAUUUCGAAUUAAAAAUCAGGGUGAAAUCGAUGUACAAUAUGGUUAUAUCCAAAUAUCAAUAUAUAUACAAUU